CCGCUACCCGCUCCGGUUUGUUGGCUAGCUGCUGGCCUGCUGCCAGCGUGCUGCGUGCGCGACCACCUACCGAUGCAUCCGCCACCGCCCCCACUCCUGCUCCGCGCCCGCUUUUCAGUUCCCCACCACAGCUCCGAAGUCUCAUCCCUCAGCCCGCGGCGCCCGCCUCCGCUUCUAGUCCAGAAGCGUCUACAGGGGGAGGCCGUCGGCCGAUGACCGUCUGAUCUGCUGUCGCCAUGGGAUGCGCCGGAUCCACUCCAAAGACUGACGGUCUAUUCUUCUGCCUAAUAAUGGUAAGAAGCUGAAAAAACCAAAGCCUUGGAAGCACACCCAAGCAAUAACUCCAGCGCAACUCAGACAGAUGCGUGAUGAAUUUUGGGACACUGCCCCUCACUAUGGUGGACAGAAAGAAAUUUGGGAUGCACUUAGAGCUGCUGCAGAUUCUGAUUUGGCACUUGCACAGACCAUAGUGGAUAGCGCUGGCAUCAUCGUAUCAAGUUCCGACAUGACACUUUGCUAUGACGAAAGAGGUGCCAAAUAUGAACUUCCGAAGUAUGUUCUAAGCGAACCGACAAACUUGAUCAGGGAUGGUUAAAUUCGUAUAGAAUAUAAAUGAUCCAAUGUAUAUUAUGUAAAUCUCAUUUAACUGAUACGAACCCUGACCUGAUUGGGACCUUCAAAUAAAGUUACAAUGUACCGGAAGUCCGAUUUCAGCUGUC